UGUCCGCAAUUCGUAUGUUACCUUUUUAGAUUUCGUCCGCAACUCGCAUGGUUUUUGUGACUUUGUCCGCAACUAGGAAACACCGGCUUGAACUAUUAUAAUAAAUAUUACUCUAUACCAGGUAUGGUUUUCAUAUCCCUAUAUACAGUUUAAUAGUCGUCGAAAACUUUAAUCCUGGUCAAGAAGCAUUUAUCUGUCAUUAUCCUAUAUAUAAUUUUAAACUAGAGUCGUUUGUACUUGCUAUUAUUACUCUAAAUUCAGCUAAAAGUUGUUUGUAAUAUGUUAUAUAUGAUUAUGAAAUGGAUUUUAUUUGCUGUCAUGAUGUACUCAGGUUUAGUGUACUGUUUAUCACAGAAGUUGAAAAUUACUAAAGGUGUAAUAAAAGGACAAAUUUUAAAAUCUCGAAAUGGGCAAACUUAUUAUUCUUAUACAGGCAUACCAUAUGCAAAUCCGCCGAUUGGAGAACUUAGGUUUAAGGCACCAGUACCAGUUGAACCAUGGGAUGGUGUAUUGGAUGCUACGAAAGAAUCAAAUAUUUGUAUUCAACAGGGAAACACGGACAGUCAGGAAGAUUGUUUGUAUUUAAAUGUAUAUUCUCCAAAAACUAAUAAAAAAUCUUUACCAAUCAUGUUUUGGAUUCAUGGAGGAGGAUUUAUUUCGGGUCAUGGUAGGUCUAGUCUAUACGGACCAGAUUAUAUUAUGGACAAAGACGUGAUAUUGGUAACAAUACAUUAUAGACUUGGUAUAUUUGGAUUUCUCAGCACUGAAGAUGAUGUGAUACCAGGCAACUACGGAGUAAAAGAUCAAGUCGCCGCAUUACGCUGGGUGCAGGAAAACAUAGUGUAUUUUAACGGUGAUCCAAAUCAAGUGACAAUCUUUGGUGGUAGCGCAGGAGGUGCUAGUACAGGAUUUCAUAUGUUAUCACCAAUGAGUAAAAGUCUUUUUCAUAAAGUUAUACUUCAAAGUGGUACACCACUUUGUAAGUGGGCCAUUUUACCUCCCGGAAUUUCUCGUAAACGUGCUCAUGCCGUGGCAACUAUUUCCGGAUGUAAUUUCAAUACUUCUGAAGACAUACUGCAAUGUUUAAGAAAAGUUCCAGCUCAAAAUUUAUUAAGUCUUCACGCCAAAUUAAUUACUUGGCUUAAUCAUCCUACAGUUUUAUUCAAUCCUGUGGUCGAAAACUGUAAUUCUGAUCAAGAAGCAUUUUUGUGUCAUCAUCCAAUACUUGACUUUCAUCAAGAAUCGUUCGUCCCCGCUAUUGUUGGUUUAAACUCAGAAGAAGGUAGUCUGUUUGUAGCAUCUUUGUACAAUAAUACGUCAUUAAUAUAUCCAGAAUUUCAAACGGAUUUUAAUCGUCUGAUAUCCAUCAUAACGUUUUAUAAUUAUUACGUAAAAACUGAGUAUAUCGAUGAAAUUGGAGAAAAAGUGUUUGGAAAAUAUUUCCCAUCGGGAAGUAUCGAUGAUCAUACGCAUAGUAACGCUGUUAAUAUGUUUACUGAUUCCUGUUUUACAGAAGGCAUUCUUGAUAUGGCAUAUAAAUUGUCAUCUCCUGUGUAUAGUUAUUUUUAUAAUUAUCAAAAUGAAUUUUCUUAUAACAAAUUAUUUGGCUCAUGUGAGAAACCUUUAGGAGUAACUCAUGGCGAUGAACUAAAUAGUAUUUUCAAAAUGAAUAGCUUAAAUCCAAAUGAUUUAAACGAAAAAGAUCUCGAAGUUUCGAAAUUGAUUAUUAACGUUUGGUAUAAAUUCGUUAUAUCUGAUAAUCCUACUAUUGACGGAUCAGAAAAUGGAUUACCUUGGCCUAAAUUUACUCGAUCAAACCAAACAAUGAUUCUAUUUAAUUCAAGUUAUCCUAGUCUUAUUCAAAACCCACGUAUUGAUGCUUAUGAAUUUUGGAAAAAACUCUAUGAGCCAGUGUUUCUUGACCAGUUUUCGCCGGAGGAGUCCAUAUGUGUUGCAAAGUAUAUUAAAUGACCAAAACAUACAAACAUUUACAAACAUUAAUAGUUAUAUUAAUAUAAUAUUUUUAUUAUUU